AAUUAAGAGCCUCCGCUGACGGAGAAAGUAUUGAGGUUUUGUUACAGAAGAAAGACGAGGAAGGAGAGAAGACCGGGGAGCUUGAUACCGCGACGGAACACGACAUGAUUUUUUGAAUCUGUUAAUUUUUUCAGACAGCAGGGUCGGAUUCGCGCAACCAAGACCAACAAGGCUGGGUUCGUGCGACCAGGACCAGCAAGCGAGAACAGCAAGGAGAUCGGAUUUCAGCAAGCGAGAAACAUUAGAUUGGAUGAAAUGAUCGAGACGGACGGGAUCCGAUCGGAUCGGAGUAGAUUUCAUGUUCGUGUUUUGCGAAGGAGCACAGAAAGCAGUGCUCGAAGAACCCAGCUACCCAACUCGUUGGAACCCAGUCGAUCUGGGUAGAAAAGAAAGAAAGAGAAAGAAAGAAGGGGAAGAAGAGGGAUUGGGAGUUGAGGGUAAUAAUGUAAUAUUAUUUUU